AUGCGGCACGGAGCGUACCUCCCAUCUCUGUCGGGGCGCGAUGUGGCGGCGGACACGCACGGCCGUCUGGAAAAUAGCCCGGAAAGCCGCACAGGCAACGCGGGCAACCGACAUAUUUGCUCUCGCUGGACGCUGUCGAUUUCUGUUAAGGGAUGUCAAAGCGAGUGCGAAGCAGAGAAGUCUGCGCCGAUUGCAGCGCUCCGGUUAGCUAACCGAGAUAACAUUAACGAGCCACGCUGGGCCUCCGUUAACAGGGGGGUGUUGAUCUGCGAUGAGUGCUGCAGCAUCCAUCGAGGUCUGGGGCGACACAGCUCACAAGUCCGGCAUCUGACCCAUUGUCCCUGGCCCCCCUCUCAGCUGCAGAUGGUCCAGACAUUGUAUGGAAACGGGGCAAACUCAAUAUGGGAACACAGCCUUCUGGACCCUUCCUCCUCGGCGAGCGGGAAGCGCAAAGCCAACCCUCAGGACAGAGUUCAUCCCAACAAGACAGAGUUCAUCAAGGCAAAGUAUCAGAUGUUGGCGUAUGUCCAUCGAAUGCCAUGUCGAGAUGAUGACAGUGUAACCGCAAAAGACCUCAGCAAGCAACUCCAUUCCAGCGUUCGGACGGGGAAUCUGGAGACCUGCCUCAGACUCUUAUCUUUAGGAGCACAGGCCAAUUUCUUCCACCCUGAGAAAGGAAACACCCCAUUACAUAUAGCAGCCAAAGCAGGUCAAGUGCUGCAAGCGGAGCUGUUGGCGGUGUAUGGAGCCGAUCCCGGAGCUCUGGACUCAAGUGGAAAGACUCCUAUUGAUUACGCAAGACAAGCUGGACAUCAGGAACUGGCAGAUCGGCUGGUGGAAAUCCAGUAUGAGCUCACUGAUAGGUUAACAUUUUACCUUUGUGGCAGAAGACCUGAUCACAGAAAUGGGCAACACUUCAUCAUUCCGCAGAUGGCAGACAGCAGUCUGGAUCUGUCAGAGUUCGCAAAGGCCGCAAAGAAGAAACUGCAAUCGUUAAGUAACCAUCAGUUUGAGGAACUGGCCAUGGAUGUUUAUGAUGAAGUGGACAGGAGGGAAACCGAUGCAGUGUGGCUGGCCACUCAAAACCACAGCACUCUGGUAACCGACACCACAGUCGUGCCUUUUCUUCCUGUCAACCCUGAGUAUUCAUCAACCCGAAACCAGGCGAGUUAA